GUCAAAUUGGUUGGUUUCUGGGUUUUGGCUUCGUGUAAGGUAGUAAUCCAGUUGCGAUGUAUGUGAUUUUUCACUAGUUUACGUAAACAAAUUUUUUGUCCAUUGUUUGCACAGUUAAUGGGUGAUAGCUUGUGCAGUAACAAAUGACCAUAUCAGAUCAUGUUUGUUACGAAAUUAUUUCUUGGUCUCCAGAUUUUGGUUUAGCAAAUAAGGAUUCAUCAAAGCAUACUGCUAGCCAUUAAUCCCGUCACUACACUGAGCUUGGUAAUUACGUAUAUCAGUCAAAUUUGCUAUAUUACAUUGGCAUAGAGAAAUAAAUUCCAGUUGUCUACUGUUGCUCAUCGUCAUUGCCUUUUCCAUCUCUUUUGCUUCCUCUACCCUCCUUAGCCCAUUGUCAUUGAGUAGGCUAUCAGCUUUUGUUUCAGCUACCUCCGCUUCUCAUCGUGAUUUGAGUCAGCUAUGUGGCCUCAUUUCUCUGCUACCGCCUGGACGAAAUCCCUCAUUCAUGGGCCCCCACCAACAUCUGUCGAAGAAAAAGUAGAUAACUCCGAUGGCUGGGGAGCUCUAGCUCGACAAUGGGUGCAUCAGCGUAAUAGUCAGUUACAACAUAACUAUGCUAACAAUGUAGCCCUGCCACCACCUCCACCACCGCCCCCACCGCCACCUCCUCCUCCUCCUUCACCACCACCACCGCCUCCACAAAUUCCUUUCACACAACCAACAGAAGGUCAAUCAGAUACAAACAACUUAGUUCCUAGUGCAUCCCAAGUUAUCACGAGUCAUCCAUCGAUACAAAACCCUUUAAUAUAUACAUCAGAAAACUCCCAGUCUUCACAAAGUAUGUGCCCCACGCCUGAAAACCAUGGGCCUUCACAAAAUUCUUGGCCCCUACACGAACAUUCCAGACUCUCACAAAACUCGUGGUCUAGAAUUAGCGGUCAGACAUACUCGCAAAAUUUCUGUGCGGCACCUGGAUAUCAUGGUCCUUCUCAAUGUUCUUGGCCAUCUUAUAAUAAUCGUGAGCCUUCCCAGAAUGCUUGGAUCUCACAAGAGAAUGUUCAAGGCAAAUGGUCUGCCCCUGAAAGUCAUUCUUAUGCUAAUCAAGUUCCACAGGGAUAUGAUAAUACCAUUCCCUCAUCAGGUCCUUCAUCUCAAUAUUAUGAGCAUAAUCUCAAUCAGAUAAACUAUUCCAGUCAAAAUUUAAGUAAUCCUGCUAUACAUUGUGAGUCCUAUGAAGAACAAUAUUGCAAUGUAGGGAGUGGCCAUAUGGGUCAAAACACACGUUAUCAGAAGAAAUGGGCGCAAAACGAUCAAGUCAAUUGUAACUAUGGUUCACAUACUUCAGAAGCUUUUAAUUAUCAUCAUUCUUACUCUCUCGAAAGGUCAUUAAAUUCGCCAGCUACCAGACCUAUUAAUCCUUACAACCAACCCUAUCCACGUUUUGGCCAGAAUAGUCGUAACGCGUGGCCUAAAAAUCCUGAGCCUCGCCAAUGUGCAGAAGGCUUUCCUCCACAAGCACAUUUCAACGAUAUGCACCAUCAUCGUCCAAGUUAUCAAUAUCAGGAUGAGCCUAAAUAUAAUCCUCCCAGUGAACAUAUACCGGUGAUUGAAGGUAACCAAUUCCGUAGAUGUCAAGAUCAUGACUACCGCGUUACAAUGCAAAGUCCUACAGUUCCGUCUGGUAGUAUAGAAGAAAGUUGGAAGGAUAUAGACACUCGUCCAAUUCUGCCUAGAGACAGUGAUCACACAAGCCCUGGAAUAUUUCCGUCGGCUAUCGCGAAUAAAACCCUGGCCGAUUCCAGACCAAUUUCGCUUAUUCCAACACCUGUUAUUGAAUCUUCGUGUAAGCCAAGGGGUCGUAUCACACAACUGCCUGUUCCAGAACACCUAAUGACUGCUUUCGAAGAAGCUGCUGCAAGUACUGGAGUUUGGCCUCCAAAGGGUUUAGAAUCAGAACAAACCUCAUGUGGUAAUGUCAAACCUCGUGCUCUCCCUGCUUGGCUUCGUGAUGAAUUAGAAAAAUUAGAGAAGAAAAAAGCUAAAGAAUUGGCUGCUGUAUCUGGAGCUACUGUUUUAGGGGCUGCUCCUGAUGCUAAAAGGGAUGAUGAAGGUGAUAUUGUUAUGGAGGAUGAAGCUAAAACUGAUGUCCAAACAAUGAAAUCUCUGUUAAAUACUAAUGAAGAAUCGGAUGGUGAUGUCAAAGAACAAGGAAGUCCUUUGGACUCAUGUAAUCUUGUUGAUGACCAUUCUCCGUGUUCACCUCGAAGUCAACCUCCUACCGAAUUGGAGGAAAACACAAAUCCAGAAACUGCGGUAAAACAACUUACUACAGAUAAUUCUCAAAGUAUUUUAUCCAAUACUCCUGCAUCAUUAACGGUAAGCUCAUUGAAGCCUGUAAGCGAAUUUCAGUACUUAAUCGUCAAGCUACUGUAUGGUGAUUUGACUUCUCGUAGCUAUAUUCUACAUUUAAAUUGAAAGUCCCAGACAUUCCAUUAAUACACUCGUAUAACAUCAACUUGUUUCAUUGUUUUGAAAAGAGUAGGAUUUGAAGCAGUUAAACUCUUUUUAGUCUAUACGAUUUUGAAAGGGAAUUUUUUUCCGGAAAGUAUCAGGAAAAGUUGACUGCACUUUUCAAAGAUCACUAACUAUUGUAUUGUCUAGCGCCUUGAUCAGUUGACGCAUAUUGUCAUUAAAUAUGACUUUAUUGAAGUUGAUGCUACUUCACUCAUUCUCUGCCACAUGUUUAAUAUGUAUUUGGUUUUGCGAAUGUCGGAACUUCCGUAUUCGAACUGGUGUGCACAACAGCCUACACAUUCAUUAUCCCUUCAAGAAUUUCGUGAGUUAUUCACAUCCUUGUCGGACGAAGAACAAAGGAAUGAAACGGUAAGAAAAUAUUAUAAACAAUUUAUUUCCCUAAACGCAUGUACAUCUUUUUUAUUUCGUCUACAUUAUUUGAAAAAUAUCUAAAUUUUGUAUUAUCUAAUAAAUUUAUAUUACCGACCUUAUUAAGUCUUUCAUAAUACGUUUAUUUAAGUGUCUUUUCUAAUUUUGUAGUAGUCUUUUGUACUGAUCAAAAGUUUUACCAACAUCUUCAAGUAGUAAACACUGACAAGCGGUCGGUGACUUAUUGUUAUGGAUAUUGGAAAGUUAAUACGCAGAUCACAUUGAAUAAUUUUGUGUUGUUGUCAUCUUUCACUUGUUAGUUCUGACUCACGCCCCAGGACAUAAGUUUGUAUCUGAGUUAAUUUGAUUUUAUUCAGCUUGGUCUUAAAUAUUGUAACAAGUUAUGUUGUUUAAGCAAGCCUUGCUCUUUGAAGUUGUUGAAAUAUUUGAUUUUAUGGUUCUGGUAGUUUCACUAGAGGUAUUCAGAAAGCCGUAGAUAUGGUCAUUCGUCAGCAAUACACAUUUACUGAUACUCUUCUUGAGACUCGAACCUUCACCCAGUGACUUAGUCAACGACAUCGCUACUCAGGAUACGAAUAAUAUUAUCGGAUUAACAUAUUAAGACAAGUCAAUCAAUACUAAGGAUCAGGUGGACAUGAGGUUGGUUGUUCGUCAGUAAUCAGUAGUUGUGAAUCGCUCUCAGACUAUGACAUUCGUGGUAAAGAGUAUUUUUGUGUGGUCGCUUUCAUGAAAAAAGUGGUUAUAUAAUCUGAUCUUUCAAUCAUCUAUCCACAGAAUCUAGCUGCGCUGCUCCUACGAAGAUAUGAGCAGCCAAAUAAUUUACCUGUGCUAGCCUAGCAAAUAAUUGUGUGUAGAUUAUCAAUAUGAUGAUAUAAUUGUUUCUUACAUACCUAGGUUCUAAAGCACAAAAUCUUAAAUGAAAAUAGUAUCUGUUGACUACUAAACAGUCUUUUUGAAACAAGAUUCCACGGAUUCUAAUGAUCAGUUAAUUUCAUUUUGUUUAAUAGGCUCGUUUUAUUACCCGCACACUGACGGAAGCUCUAUUGGUUGUUACAACUGAACUGAUCGAUAAUAUAGUGGGAGAGGUGAUGAUAGAAGCUACCUCGCGGAAAUCGCAUGUUACGCCAUUGGAAAGCUCUCCAUCUGCAGAGAUAAAAUCUCCAAUUUUAGGUUUAGUAUCCUAUAAUAGCGAAAGUGAGUCAGAAUCUGAGCAAAGCGUGUCGGAAUGUAAACUACCCACAAAUGAUAUAUCAGGUAUACUACCAGGUGAUGUUCCUGAUGAUGUAAAACAUGAUUGUACAUCACAGAAUAAUCCUAAGAAUGAAAGUAAGUUUAUAUAAUUAACCAGGUGACUAUUUUUGUAAUCGUCCGGGAAUUUGAGAAACUCUUGAUGACAAACGUUGAUUCGUUGGACCAUGGAUGUAACUGCUGUUUUUUAUCAUCUUUCCUACUCUUUAUAUCUUUAACUCUUAAAUGAUAUUAUGAAUCGUGAUGUGCUUGUCUGUCGAAUCUGUUAUUUUAUUUCUUGGUUACAUAACAUCCUCAAGUGCGUGUCUGUUUCCAGUAUCUUGAUAAUCAGUGAGAAGUUUGAAAAACAGUGUCUCUUGAUUCAGUCCUUUUCAUCCGCGAAAUCAUGGCUGUUUGGUGUAAAGAGUUUUUAUCUCAAAGCGAAACAAUGCUUUAGUCUAUUUUUCUUUUACAAAAUUUCACUUAGCACAGGUUUGUUAUGGUUCUGUUUUUGCGAAUACUCCAAAUUCUGUUACCUUAAACUGCAAUCUUUUGAAGCUAAUAGUAUAUACUAUCAAAUAGCAGUCACUAAUCCUGAAGCGACUUGUGUAAAGUAAUUGUAUAUUCAAUAUUGUCAAAAUGCAAUACCAUGGUCACUAUACGAAUUGGACAGUAACUAAGAUAAGCAUUACUUUUUCUCUGAGUAUAAAUAUUGUCAAGUAGUUGCUUCAGUGAAAUAUGUAUUUGAUAGAAAUUUGUGACCAAGAAGGGUUCCAUUAUUAUCUAUCCGUGUCAAAUAACUUUUUCGCUGAUUGUCAAUCUGUAGACAAUCAAUCAACAACACGGUGAGCCACACGGCGGAUGGUAGGCUUCGUGAUGCCAUAGAUGUUAUCACAUUGAACCUUGCAAUGUCUCUUGACUCGCCCUUUAUCAAAACCUUAACCACCUUUUCAUCGACCCCCCCCCAACGCGAUAUAUUACACAGUGCCGACCGUAGCUGAUACCUUGACGUGAUGGUCACGCUUACCUAUUGUCAUGACCCAACCGAGCUAUAUUGACUCGAACAUAUAUUCCUGCAGGUUCUACCAUGCCAGGCAAGUCGAUCGGAAAACGGUGAGACUGGAAGCAGCAACUUAAGGUCUAAGGGUGAAGUUGUACUGUUGACUGUAGAGUGGUGUGACAGCAGUAAGGUGUUUCCCUCGGACAACAAGCGUCUGCAGCGAUGCUGCCUUCUAAAAAGGAAGGGGUAGAAAAGGUCGAACCUAAAAAUGUCACACCUCACCUUACCUCACGAAUUUCCGUCUCCGGCGGUAAGGCCUUUUAAACAAGAACGGAACUAACACUAACAUGAAAAGGCCGCGCUUGACCGGUCUCAAGCCUUUGUCUCUCGAUCUUUGCGCUCACGCUACCAGAUCUCUAAGACCAACGUUAAUCCGGCCUUCCUUCUUAGGUUCCUCGAGAAAUGCCCUUCCAGUUGUGGCAACCGGCAAGUGACAUCCGCCCGCAUAGUUGUUACAGCACAAAACAAUAUUGAUCACAAUCACAUUCAUCCUACAUCCCCUAGCAUUUGUCUUAUCUCCACGUCUAAUCUAUCUCAAAUUUCUUUAUCAUCUCGCACCGCUGAAGCAAACGAUUUGAGCUCACAAAACGUUAUUCCUGGUCUCCUGAAACCUCGUCCCGAACUACAUGUUUGACCUUUUAAUAUUCGAACCUUGUGUCAAUCAGGACAUGUUUCAUUAGGCAGGACUCUGAAAUCCGGUGCCAUCGAUGUGUGUCGCGUCUGUGGAACGCGCAUUCAAGACUCGAGUAAAAUCGUCUAUUUGGUUACGCCUUGUUCAAAUAGAGAAUCAGCUCUGUUAACCUUUUGAUUUCACUGUGCAGCAGUUCGCUAUGUCGUACUUUAUGGAAGUGAAACAUGUCCUGUAAGGUUAAAAUCUAUUCAUAGGUUAUUUGUAUUCGAUUAUAGAUGUCUUCGAAACAUAACUCGUGUACCUUGGAACAAGCGAGUAAGUGUUACGAAUGCACGCAAUUGAUAUGCUUGAACUAAUACGAGUUUACCUUAGUCGGUGAAGAAAAGCGAGAAUCGAUGGUCCGGCGACGCCACUGGCUCCUCUAAUCCGGACAUCCUUAAAGCCCCAAUUAUUAUUAUUAUUAGAAGAAGCCUUGAUAUGAAGUAGGACGUGUAUUUUAGAAGCACCUAUAGAAUAUAACAAUCUCAAGCACGCAAAUCGCGUUUAUUUAUACAUCCUAGAAACGUCCUUGAAGGAGCCACAAAUAUAGCUUACUAAAAACACAUCAACCAACUACAGCCAAUGAUUUUUCUGGUUGAAAAUGUAAUCCCAAGGUAAACUGAUCAGCUGAUGAUUAAAAUCCAAAAUUACGACCUUUAUCAAGUGAGUGUUGGGGAUCUAACAUCCUCAACAGUCAGUAAUACUGUCGUUAGGAAAUGAGAAUUAGGUAUGGAUGGCAGAUCAGUAGAUGAAGUAGUGAAACCUCAUCAGUUGAGCUAGAUGGUGUGAACUUGUGUAACGUAUGCCUAACAACCCACUACUACGACGAGCGAUGUUGUCUGAUGAAGGUUGAGGGUGGCCAGAGCAAUACAUGGCACAAAUCCAUGAAUUCACCGACAAGUGGACUGAGCCAUGUUGAUAUUUGUAUAUUAUAUGGUUGGGGUUCGCGAGAAAAUAGUGAGCGAUGGUUAGAGACUCAAUGGCAUGGGUGCAUUUAUUCUGUCGUCUCUCAAAUUCUCAUCUUCUGGAUUCUUCAUAAGUUUCUUUGUUUUCUUUAAUUUAUUUCACUGAAUUAUACAUCUAGAAUCAUAUCUUCGAUCCUUAAACUCUCCUAUCACUGCUUAUACUUCUACUGUCUCUGUCACUGGCAUUUUAAGUGGCUAAUGUAUUAUGGCAAUUUGAACUGAUGUGUUUUCGUUCAAAGUUCUACGUUGCAGCUACCUGAUUGGGAUUCUCAGUUACCUCUUUGUUUGCUGUAUAUUAUGUGAUCAGUCCUCAACAAUUCUUCAUAAUUUUUAUUCCAAAUAACUUUUAGCCGUACUGUGUAUCUGAUAUUCUGUAUGAAAACGUAAUGUUUGUUAUGGGAUCUUUCGUAUUUUGAAGGUGUUGUGUUCUCUUAGCCGGGUGGUUCAGUCGUAAUCCAUUGUUUACGUGGCUCUUGUAUUUCAAGACGAGGUGAAUUAUUAAAGUUUCUCCACAAUCUACCGAAUCUUUAUCCCCUUGAUCCUAAAUUCUAUUGAUUUUUAUUCGUAGCUAUGUUAUUUUGAAUAGCUCAAGUUACAUUUCAGCAUUUUAAUUUCUCAACAAAUGUUGCUCUUGUAAUUAUUAGCGUUGAACCUAGCUACUUCAAUUUGUAUGUUUCCUGGUAGAUAUUCGUGGUCAAUUGUAAUACAUCACUUCCCCAAGAAUUCCUCUUUCCUUCCGUUGAACGUAACCUGAAAUUCAACUAUGAGUUUUCCAUUUAUAUUCACUGAUAAAUUAAAAACAAGAAAAAUGAAAAUUCAUGUUCACUGUAUUUGCAGUCAAUAUCUAUUGAUUCUUCGUUUUUCGAAGUUCCUAUAAUUUGUUUUACCUUACAGAUAAUAAAAUUUUCACCAGCAAAGACGAAUUCCAAGUUGUACAAGAAAAGUAUCAUGAAAAGGAUUCUCGUUUUUCGAGCAUUCAUCAAAAAUCUUCGGAACGUUAUAAAAAUAAUAAGGAAAAAGAUAUUAACGUCACACUUUCACGGUCGCAUACCAAACAUUCACAUAAAAGAAAAACACCUUCACGACAUUCUCAUCGUGGUCAUAAAAGAAAUUUCCGUGAUUCGUCAACAGAUUCUCUAGAAUCUUCAAGUUCCAACCGUGCAAAUCACAAAGUAGGAUCCUCCCGUUUCAGUCGAUCCUCAGUGGACCACAGUGGUAAUGUUCGGUCACCAAAACCUUAUUUUAUGAAGUCGAAUCAUUCAAAACAUUCACAUCAUAAAAGUCAUCAUUAGAUUUCUACGUUUUUCUGUACUAGGUGUUGAGCUGUCUUCUGUUUGCACUUAUAAUACUUAGUUCACAAGUGAGAUUUCAGACAGGUAAUUUAUCAUUUGGUAAGUGAAUUUUAUGACUUUUUGUUAAUCAAACUUAUUUUCUGUUGAUUCACUUGAUUAUAGUAACAUGGUAUUUUACUGAUCUUGCUUGGGCGAUACCACGUUACUUCAGUAACUAAGAUGCUACGAACAUGAAUUUAAUAUAUCAGUUCUUAGUACAUUUUUAAAAAGUUAGUUUGCGCACUUCAUUGCAAUUCGGCACACAAUAAUCACUCAUGGGAAUAAUGUUUGUUACUUGGUUCCGAUGCAGUGCUUAAGUUCCGAACGCGACUAAAUUUUCAUUUUACUACAGAUCUUGUACACCAUGCUGUUUUAUUUAAUUUUCAUAUUUUCUAGCAUCUAUCCUUAACAAUAAUAUUUUCAACACUUCUUUGUAAACCAAUGAUCUCCCGAUGUUAAAUGAUUUCGUCACUAAAACUAAACAACGUAAUUGUCAUGGAGUAAAAGUUUUCAGAUAAAAUCCUUCAAAUACAGUUACUCUUACGCUUAUCCGUCACUUCCUAUCAUUAUUCUGUUCAACCUACAAAACGCUUUAAGUGAUUUUAAAUAUAGAGUAGCUGUUUUGGGAUUUGUUUAUUUCAGUCUUCUUUCAGUCACUUAAUUUGCAUUCCCGCCUUAUCGCCAAAUUUGUCUUUGCUUUUCAGGUAUGGAAAUAUUCGGUUUUCCAACAAUACAACUGUUAAUAUAAUCAUAAUUUUUUUACGUUAAAAUACUUGUACAAAGUACUGAUCAAUUAUCUACUUAAAAAUGAUCUUUUGUCAG